GAGGUUCUAUUAAUUUUCCGUUGGAAACGCUAAGAAACGUACGAGGCAUACAUGAAAUAGAUGAAGGAUCGAUCAUAUGAUACCCCAUCACAAAUAACGAACUAAUUUGGUUAAUUAAUUCACCGAUCAAAGUCGACCACAGUCAUUAUCGAGUAGAGGAAAAGGCUGUGGAUUUAACCCGAUAUUUAAACUCAUCCCUGCACCAUAGCCACGCCAAUGACUUCUCUCUCAUGCCGAUCAUGGUGGGCUACCAACACGAUCGAAUCCAUCUCUCUUCUAUCUUAUCCGGUCUUUCAUCUGUCCUUCCUGUCUCUUCUCUAUUUUGCCUGGGCAUGACAAUGACAAGAAGAUAACCGAAAACCACAGCAGUAGGCAACGGGAGUGAUCUUUUUAAGGCUUGUUUUCCCAAACUCCCCUUGUUCUCUCUCAGUCAUCCUCGCACUGUUGCAUUUGAUCCUCCACGUUUCAAUCUCACUACAGCCAAUUUGUUUGUGAAUUUUUGACGAAGCUGGUAGAGACAGCAGCUAAAGAGGGUGCAGAGGACAGCAGCUUGCUCCAGUGAUAGAGACACAGAAGAGCUCUGCUCUCUGGCCACACCUGCACCUGCACCUGCAGCAGUCUUACUAGUAAGAAAGGGAAGAGACCUCUGUCCCCAGGUGCGUGCCAGCAUCUCACAUGCAUCCUUCUGACAACAUCACCAUCGACAAAUGGCAGUGACACACACACACACAGGUCUCUGACACCACCUGCAUCCAACUUUUAUGGCGCUCUGCGCCCAGAUGACAUGCAUGGGAAUGCAAUGCAGCUCAUGUCUCCUCCGCAUGCUUUCAUGCAUCCGCCGUUGUAACCCCAAUAUGAAAGACUCGGCCUGCGGGAACCAUCUCUUGAAGCUCCUGUUAGGUUUCCUGUGAUCAUGAGUGGCAUAAGCAGUAGUUACCCCUUCACUCCAUCUCAAUGGCAGGAGCUGGAGCAGCAGAGACUCUUCUACAGAUACAUGGUCUCGGGCAUCCCCAACCCUUGGGAUCUCAGCCUUCGGAUCAGGAGGAGCUUCUUGUUGGAACCCACCACCAUGAUCUCACCAACAGUAGCCUACCCUCCCCACCUUCACUUGUGUUGGGGCAGAGUUCGACUGGGCGUUGGCAGGGAAGGAGAGGAUACAGAACCAGGGAGGUGCAGAAGAACAGAUGGAAAGAAGUGGAGGUGCUCUAAGGAGGCCUUCCCAGGCUCCAAGUACUGUGAGAAGCACAUGCACAGAGGCAAGAACCGCUCAAGAAAGCCUGUCGAGAUGUCUUUGGCCGACAACCUCUCCACCACUGCCCAGCCGCCUUCCUCCUUCUCCUCCUCCACCACCACCAAAUCCUCCACCUCCAAUACCCCCUGUCAUCACCAUCCUUAUCAUCUCCCUGUCCCAGCACCGGAAGUUUCCAGUUUCCUGACGUGUCCCUCUUCAAAAUCUCAGCAUAACACACCAACCUACAACUCAGCUGACAUUGCCUACAGGUUUGCACUCGCUCCUCUCUCUCUCUUCACUCAGUAUGUCUCUAACAACUGCAACAACAGGUACCAGCACGGAAUGAAGAGCGUUGAUGAACACUUCUCAGAAACUGCAGGAGGUGAAAGGAAGAAUUCUUCGCGAUUUAGGCCGCUGGGAAUGAAUUCUUUGGUUGGAAAAGGACAUAUGGCCUUCGUUCCUCAGCAAAGCACUUCCUCCCACUCCAGAAUAGAUCUUCCAAGGGAAGAAAAACCACAACAUUGCUUCGUUUUGGGUACUGACCUCAAGCUGGAGAAACCUGCAACAGUGGAGUCCAAACAGAAGCCCCUUCUCCAUUUCUUGGAUGAGCGGCCUACGACGAGCAACACCUUGUGCUUGGAUUCCAAGGCAGAUCAUUCCAAGACCCAGCUUUCCAUCUCCAUCCCAGUGGCCUAUCAUGACUUCCCGGCCUUCAAAUCUGGAUUCAACAGAGAAUGGACCUGAUAGCCCCUCGUCCUGCAAGUUGGGUAUCUCAAGAGCUCAUCAAAGCACCAUGUUUCUUGUGUUCUGAUCACUGUUUCGUGUUUGAUCCAUAAAUAUUAAUUACUACGGCGUCUUUGGUUUGUCUACAAUGUAUCCUUAGAACAGCUUCUUCAACUAUAUGAAGAACCAAAGAGGCAGCCGACUGAGAACGCUAUAGAACUUCAUCUGUCACUUUCAAGCUUUGCAUAAACUGUGAUCACUAUGAACUCCGGUUGGAACUAAUUCGCAGGUACUCAUUUUGGAGUCAAUAAACCCUGCUGUCCAU